ACCUGUGAACAAGAUGCAGAGUUGUGUACUAGGAAUUAUCUUAGUAGGCUGCGUUUGGCAGGACUUGGCUGGCGGCUUGGGACUCCGUGGCGUGGCCGGCACGGUGGGCAACCUCGCUCGCGGCGGCCUGUCCCUCGCGGAGGGCGCUGCCGGUGCCGGCGUGUCUCUCGGCGAGGGCGCGAGGCGCCUGGGCGGCGAGGCGGCCAGGUCCGCCAUCGGCGCUGGCGAGUCCGCCGCCCGCGCCGCCAUCAGGGCCGGCCAGGGCGCCGCCGACCUGACCUCUCGCACCGCCAAGUCCGGCGUCGAUGCGGCCCAGAACGCCGCCACCGUGGGCGUCGCCGUCGGCAAGGGCGUCACCAAGGUCGUCGCCGGCGCAGCCGAGGACGCCAUUGAAGCCCUGCGAGGCUCCGCGGCAUGAUGACGUAACCAAAAUCCCCUGCGCAAACUAGUUCUCCACAAACACUGCAACGAAUGUGACGCCAUAGUAUUCGUUUGAAUGUGAAUUUUGUCACGUUCGUUAGAAUUUGAUGUCACAUUCGUAAUGAAUAUCCGAUCCACAAUCAAACGAAUGUGACGCCAUAAUUAGGCGGCCGUUCGUUUCAGUUUCAAACGAAUGUGACACCGUGUGACGAAAUUCACGUUCUAACGAACAUGACGUCACAUUCGUUGAAUAACAGUGAACGACUGAAAAAUAAAUUUGCAACAAUCGAAGACCGUGAUCCGUUGAUGCUAACGGAAAAUGGUUCAAAUAAAAAAAUGUGCCACUUCUCAUAACUUAA